CAGUGGUGCUGCACUGGGUAAGUAGGAGUGGCUGAGGCGCUGGCAGCCUGCUUUGCAUGAAUCGUGGACUCCAAGUUAGUUUAGUGGUUGCAGCUUAGAUAUUUCCUGUCAGCCGCACAGACGAGAGCCGAGGGCGGAGGAGACGAGGAGAGGGAUGGCAGAGAACAGCUCCGAGACAAGCAGCGCCGUUCAUCGGAGAUGUUUGGCCCAUUCUCCGGCGGAGAGAAACAUUUCAUCCGGUGUCGGGGCAUCGAAAUGGAUUCGACUAAACGUCGGGGGGACGUAUUUUUUAACAACGAGACAGACGCUGUGUAGAGAUCCAAAAUCAUUUCUGUAUAGACUGAGCCAAGCUGACCCCGAGCUCGACUCCGACAAGGAUGAAACUGGUGCCUAUCUCAUAGACAGAGACCCCACAUACUUUGGGCCAGUGCUUAACUACUUGAGGCAUGGCAAACUGGUGCUCAACAUGGACCUGGCAGAGGAAGGUGUGCUAGAAGAAGCUGAAUUCUACAACAUCACAUCAUUAAUUAAGCUCAUCAAGGACAAGAUCAGGGAACGUGACUGUAAAAUAUCACAGGUUCCGGUGAAGCAUGUGUACCGGGUGCUGCAGUGCCAGGAGGAGGAGCUGACACAGAUGGUGUCAACCAUGUCUGAUGGCUGGAAGUUUGAACAGCUUGUCAGUAUAGGUUACGGGCGGGCCCACCAGUCAGAGUUUCUGCUGAUUGUGUCAAGGGAGGUGAAGGGAGAGGAGUCUGCUUUGCCAAACAACAGCGGAGAGCUGGUCAGCAUAGGCUCCUCUUACAACUAUGGAAACGAAGACCAAGCCGAGUUCCUGUGUGUAGUCUCCAAGGAGCUGCACAAUCAAUCAUACGGGACAAACAGUGAGCCCAGUGAGAAGGCUAAGAUUCUUCAGGAAAGGGGUUCCCGGAUGUGAAGAGGACUCAGUAUUAUGAGCUCCAGGUGUUAUGAUGCAAACAUAUCAUCGUUGUGGAAGAAUGGAGAUUUAAAGUGGGGGGGGUGUGCAUUUCUUUUGUGUUUCCCCUCCAUUUUCAUUUUUAUUUCUUGAUGUGUUUAAAAAAAAAAAAAAAAAAAAAAGUCUGUUUACUGACAAUUUGUGCCUGUACAUUUAAACUGGACCUUUUUGAAUUAGCGGCAAGUUUAGUUUCUAAACUUUCUAAUUGAAAGUAAGGAAUUGCAAUCCACAUAUGUUUUAUGCUAUAAAAUAUGGCCAUCGUCAUAUAAGGCCAAUGAUUCACUCAGGGUGAUCUAUAGAGUUAAUUCUUAUGUCCUCCAACUCAAGGGGUCUGAUAAGAGAUCGGUAUGGUCUUUAUAACUCAAAAGUAUCAAACUCAAGAUCAUUGCUUAGAGAUGUUAAGAAGGGAAUUGUGCAUUUAUUUAGUGCAUAUUAAAGAGUUAGGCUAUUAAAUGUGAAAUUCACAGCUAAAACUAAUCGAUAACAUAUUUUCCCCAAAGAUUUCAAACAGUUAUACUGAGAUUUGUGAUCGUGAGGAUCCCAGCUAGACAACACACAUUUUCAGAUGCAUUUGAAACAUUUUGCUUUACUAGAAAAACAUUUUCAGCAACUAAAAGGACAACUUCUCAGACCAGGAUGAAAACUAUGUGAACAAAAAUGUCAGUGAUUUGAUACUGUUGGGAAAGGGGCAUUAGGUCCUUUUUAUUAGGGCUUUUAUUGGUGAUGAGGAAGUGACCUGUAACGAACAGUAAUACGAAACUCCCAUUUUCACAUAGACUAAGUAAGCUAACUUUAGAGAUACAGCAGAAAUAUCUGCCUAAUAUGGCAAUGUACUUUAUUGUUCGCUUUCUUGGCUUGAGAAGUAAAUGUGUUGCUAGUGUAGCUGCUUGUGGCACCAUGUACUCUAUCUUGCAACCUUAGUAACCUAAUUACCCACAGAUAUGUCCAUUGUGUGCUGUGGGAUUAAGUAAUUAUUAUAUUUUCAGGAAGUUGACUUAAAAGUUUUCAGAUGAAACUUUUAAGUAUUGGACACACCUAUAACCGCGAAUUUUCAUUCAAAAUGUUGUGUUUCAAAGUAAGACUUCUACUGCUUCUGCGAACGUGGAGUUUUAGUAGUGUAAAGAAGUGAAAUUGCUCUCUAAAUGUUGUAAAGUGCAAGUUUAUAUCAAGUUUAAUCUGUCAGACAUUUUUCUCAACUUCAAAUUUAGUUUGAGACCUCCUCAUGUUCAUAAGUCUAAAAUUAACUGCCGAAAUAGUCAAAAGUGUUUCAAAUGUGAAUUCUGUUUUGCAGUUUAUUUUUUAAACAUCAGUGUCCUCCAACGAUGUCCUGUUUCCUGUGAGGAAAAACAUCCUCAGAACAGUGGCAUCUUUAUUUUUUCCAAUUGACUUCUGAGUGUUCCUUAACUAGUUUUAUUUUGUGUGUUUGAGGGAACAUCUUGUUUGAUUAAGAUUUUUUUUUUUUUUGAGAGGAAGUAAUUGUGGUGUGGGAAGUUAGGGGAUUGGAACAGUUUGAAGGCAGUGGUGAAGGACUUUCUGUUCAUAUCCAGAGGAUUUUGUUUUGAUGUAAAUAAUCCAAAUUCAAUAUUAAUAUUUAACUCUUAAAACAACUGCACGUUUUGUACACUGUAUAGAAAACACAACUUUGAAUGGAAGUUGUUUAUACUGGAUCUUUAAAAAUGAGAGUCUUGACAAUGUUAACUUCUGUUUUGCAUUGUUUGUACAGGACUCGAGAUUUCUGAGUUAGGAUUGAAACAGCUGAUGCUGAAUAUGGUGUAUUUCACUGAGAACAUGCCUGGAACAUGUUUUGAUAACCAAUAACAAAGCUAUACUUGGCUGGCUAUGAAGUUGACUGUUACAUUUAAAAUCAAAUGUAUUUUUUCCUGCAUUGUGAUAGAUUAUUUUAAGCAUUUUGAAUUGUGUAGAUUUCGUACACAGCAUUACAAGCACUACAGUGGAAAACAACACUGUGCACAUUGCUUACAAGCCUGUAAUGUUGUUAAUGUAAAUACCGCAUUUUAGAACACUUUUUUUUAUAGAAAGUUGUUUUCAGGUUUGAUGCGUGGUUUUGAUAGGUUGGAUAUUUCAUUCACAAAUAAUCAUUUAGUGUUGCCUUUUUCCCAAAGACCAAAAUCCAAUGUCUUAUGUGUAUCGUACACAUUAAUCUUAGUGUCAGGGAUGAGUAAACUUUUCUUAAUGCUGGCACACUUUGUACAUAUAGACUUGUUGAUGACACACAAACCUCCAUUUACUCACAUGUACACGUAUACACUUGACUAAAACAAUUUUUAUAUUGUCGGGGAAACAAGUAUGGAUGCAUGAUUUUUGAUAUAGAUAUACACACAAACACACACAAGGGCUUUUAAAGUGCAAAAUUUGACAUCUGCAAAGAGGUUCAAUCAAAGUAGACUGGAUUUCCUGCCAGAGCUAGGCUAUGUUUACAUUUGCUAUAGUAUUCUGAAGCCUUCCAAUUAUGUACUGUCUUGCACUCCCUCACACACGUUAACAUUUGUCUGACUUGUGUGACUGCACUAGUGGCAACUAGCACUCCCCACUCCACGUGAACUGAUAAUCACACAGACCGUGCAGCCUGAUAAGAAACUCCAUCCAUUUCUGACAGCCUGUGCUUGAGCGUUGCAGACAAUCUUGCUUUGAGAUGCUCACUUUGUAAUUGGAUGAGACUUGUGUGCGUUGGCUCAGAGCAAAGGUAUAUUUGGGUCUCAUUUUGAGACUUUUCUUUCCGUGUUGAGAUUUAAAGUGUUUAUGUGUUUUGAUUUGCUUGGUUAAGUUGUAACCUCAUUUGAUAUACUCUGGUUUGAGGUGUUUAACCCCUCUACUUUAGCAGCUACAUUACCUUUAAUGCCCUUCACAAACAGGUUGUCAGGUUGAGCGUUUGGCAUUGAUAAUCAUUUCAUGUGAUGGACAAACUUAUCAAAUCUGUAGCCUAAUACUUAUAAGUGCCCAGUUUGUUUUGCAUUCAAGUCAUAAGCCACAGACCACUGUAAUGCAUGAUUGAAGAUGAUCACACUUGUAAUCAGAGGGAAUGAAUGUGUUAUUUUUCCUCAAUCUAGCAUAUACAUCAAUGAAUAAGGUUUUCAUAUCACUACAUAGAUCACUUCUAUAUGAUCUUAUGCAAUGCUAAAAAUAUAUACAAACUUAAGUAUGAGGUUAAGGGGAUAGAUCUAUAUGGUCUUGCAUAAGGUAAACUCAAUAAAAAUGUUGUCAUUCA